GGCCGGGCCAGCGCUCCAGCCUGGUUGGCAGCUGCGGCGCAGAGUCCAGCCGCUGGUGCGCGGAGCGGUUCAGCGUCCUCGGAGCGGUUCGGUCCAGCCAUUCGCUCAGGCUCCCGGGCCCGGUGCGCGCGUGCGUGAGCGCGCCUGCGCCUCGGGGCUGCUGCAGGGAGAGGAGAGCGGCCAGGAGGACCCCUAUCCCCCCAGAAAUUACUCAAUGCUGAAACCUUUCAAAGUGAUCUUAGAGACGUUGGAAGCACCAUGGAUGGGUUUUAUGAUCAGCAAGUUCCUUUCAUGGUCCCAGGGAAAUCCCGAUCAGAGGAAUGCAGAGGGCGGCCUGUGAUUGAUAGAAAGAGGAAGUUUUUGGACACAGAUCUGGCUCAUGAUUCGGAAGAGUUGUUUCAGGAUCUCAGUCAACUUCAAGAGGCUUGGUUAGCUGAAGCACAAGUUCCUGAUGAUGAACAGUUUGUCCCAGAUUUUCAGUCUGAUAACUUGGUGCUUCAUGCCCCACCGCCAACCAAGAUCAAACGGGAGCUGCAUAGCCCCUCCUCCGAGCUGUCGUCCUGCAGCCACGAGCAAGCUCUUGGUGCUAACUAUGGAGAAAAGUGCCUCUACAACUAUUGUGCCUACGAUAGGAAGCCUCCCUCUGGGUUCAAGCCAUUAACCCCACCCACCACCCCCCUGUCCCCCACCCACCAGAACUCCCUGUUUCCCCCACCUCAGGCCACUCUGCCCACCUCAGCACAUGCCCCUGCAGCUGGCCCAGGCCAAGGUGUGGGCCCCGCCCCUACCCCUCAUUCACUUCCAGAACCUGGACCACAGCAGCAAACCUUCGCGGUCCCUCGGCCACCACAUCAGCCCCUGCAGAUGCCAAAGAUGAUGCCUGAAAACCAGUAUCCAACAGAACAGAGAUUUCAGAGACAGCUGUCUGAACCCUGCCACCCCUUCCCUGCUCAGUCAGGAGUUCCUGGAGAUAAUCGCCCCAAUUACCACCGGCAAAUGUCAGAGCCCAUUGUCCCUGCAGCCCCCCCACCCCCUCAGGGAUUCAAACAAGAGUACCACGACCCACUCUAUGAACACGGGGUCCCAGGCAUGCCCGGCCCCCCAGCGCAUGGAUUCCAGUCACCAAUGGGAAUCAAGCAGGAGCCUCGAGACUACUGCGUUGAUUCAGAAGUGCCUAACUGCCAGUCGUCCUACAUGAGAGGAGGGUAUUUCUCCAGCAGCCAUGAAGGUUUUCCCUAUGAAAAAGAUCCCCGGUUGUAUUUUGAUGACACCUGUGUUGUUCCUGAGAGACUAGAGGGCAAAGUAAAACAAGAGCCAACAAUGUACCGGGAGGGUCCCCCAUACCAGAGGAGAGGUUCUCUGCAGCUGUGGCAGUUCCUGGUUACCCUCUUGGAUGAUCCAGCCAACGCCCACUUCAUUGCCUGGACAGGCCGAGGCAUGGAGUUCAAGCUGAUAGAACCAGAGGAGGUUGCUCGGCGCUGGGGUAUCCAGAAGAACCGGCCUGCCAUGAACUAUGACAAGCUCAGCCGCUCUCUCCGCUAUUACUACGAAAAGGGCAUUAUGCAGAAGGUCGCUGGGGAGCGAUACGUCUACAAGUUUGUUUGCGACCCAGACGCCCUCUUCUCCAUGGCCUUCCCCGACAACCAGCGUCCGUUCCUGAAGGCGGAGUCCGAGUGCCACCUCAACGAGGAGGAAACCCUGCCUCUGACCCACUUUGAAGACAAUCCCGCUUACCUCCUUGACAUGGAUCGCUGUGGCAGCCUCCCCUACGCCGAGGGCUUCGCUUAUUAAGUUCCCGAGUGGCCGAGCAGCCAAACCCUAGAGCUAGCAGUUCCCAUUCAGGCAAAUGAGGGCAGUGGUUUUGUUCGUGUUUCUGGCUGUUCCUAACGCUUGCCCUUUGAGUGUGAGGUGGAGAGCCCAAGCUGUCUCUAGUGGCACCCAGACAGACCGAUGACCUUGGCCGGGGAGUGGGAACAGGGAGGCCCAGUUCUGAUCCUUACAAGGUCUCUGGGAAGAGCUUGACCUGGAACCUCCUUCCCAUGGACAAUAUAUGCAAAGCAAUACCUUGUUCAGGUUAGUCGCCCACCCACGGGCAAAGAGUGCGUGACAAUCUGCAUUUGAUCAUGGACUACUAAAUGCCUUUACACGGAAGGGCUCGGAUUUUGCACAAUUGAAGAAGAAAUCACACUUCCCCCUGCCCCCGGUCCCCCAGAACCAUAGGUAGGCUCAGUAGGGGAAGUCCCAACGAGGAAGGGUUCAAAAGGUAUCUUAAAAUGUGGAGAACUUUUCUGUCUCGAAUAGAGAAAUGCUUUCCCUCGGUCUUGAAAGGAAGGUGGGGUCAUCUAAACAGCUGUCCUCCGCGCCUUGGUUCAGCGAUAAACCCUUGCUAUUCUCGUGUGGGAAUCUGGCCAGGCUUAAGCCCCCUUUCUCUUCCCGGUAUCAGGGCUCCAUGUGAACGCUUUAAGCCUAGAAGGGUGAGGAACACUUCUGACAGUAUUUUGUUUUGCUUUGAUUCAGGGGAUUGUUUUGUUUUGGUGGUUGUUUAGGGGGGGAUAAACAGUUUAUAAACUGAUUUUUGUAGUUUUGGUAUUUAAAGCAAAAAAGUAUCACACACACACACACACACACACACACACACACACACACACACCUUUUGGUAACUGCACUGCAUCCUUUAGACAGGGCAGUGCUGACUUACGAAGACACUGCAGCUUGCAAGGGGCUUUGCUGGGGGCUGCCCCUGGGCCAUGAACAAGCCCACUUCAUUGCUUGCUUCGUGCUUUCUGCACCAGACAGCCUGAUGGCACAUUUGCACCUGAGUUGUACAUUUUUUAGGUGUGCCGGAGGCCUCCUGGGCACACCACUUAGAUUCUAUAUGUAUAGUUUCCCCUCGUUCAUUAACAUGCCCUCUCUGGAAAGCAUAUGUACAUAAUACAUGCCAUGUCCAUUUGCAACCUGUUAACCUGGUGGAACCCUUCGGGAUUCCUUCCUGGGCAUGAUGGAUGACAAUUUCCAUUUCAUCCAGUUUGUUUCGUUUUCCUCCUUUUCUUUAAUCCUUGGACUUUAAACCCUGCAUAUGAUUCAAUAGGGUUUGAGACUUUACAUGUGACACUGACUGAUAAAACAGUGCUAGCGUUUUAGUUUCCUGCCACCUUUUGAAAAAAAACAAAAAAAGUUUUGUUGAUUACUGUAUUAUAUUGGGAACAUUCUUGAAACAACCAAGCUAAAGCUACAUGAAAGUUGAGCUCCAAGUAGAGAGGGUGUUGGAACCUUGUCCUGCUCUGCUGAUAGAAUCCCGAGCACAGCCGCUUUUAGCACGGGUUUGAAAGGCUGUGCUAGUCUUCAGCACCCAAGGCCAGAGCUGACGAGGGGAGGUUAUGUGUAAGUCAGUGCUCUGAAUUUUCUUGCUAUUAAUGGAGCACUCCGUAAUCUCCAAUGGCCCCCCUCAGAACCAGCAGCACAUUUGCAAAGACGUCAACAGAGAUAAGGGGUGCGUGUUUUUUUUGUUUUUUUGGUUUUUUAUAGCUGUGGAAACAUAAGGUUUUCCUCUUGGUCGCUAAUUAGCCCACAAAGGUAUUGAGCCUAAAGCUUGGGCCUUAAUUAGCAUUGUACUCUAAUCAAAGGACUCUUUCCAAACUGCAUUUAUAGCUUCCUAAACUACGCAUAGUCUAUACAUAGAUGCAUAUUUUACCCCCAGCUGGCUCGAGAUUUAUUUGUUGUAAAUGCUGUAUAGGAUUUUUUUUCCCCCUUUCUUAUACCGGUUUGGGGUUUUGUUUUUUUGGUUGGUUGGUGGUUUUGUUGUUGUUUUGAUGGGUUUAUGCUGUUUUAGAGAAUAUGGAAAUAAUCCCGUAGCCUGCGCCCUCCUUCCCCCACUGGAACCCUGUGGCCCACAGGGCAUCACGGGACACUAGACAGUGGCAUCACCGUUGCAUUCCCAUUGGACUCACACACCUCCUGGAUGGUUUGGGGGUUGGGUUUGGGUUUGGGUUUUGCUUCUUUUCCAGAGUGUGGAAAGUCUACAGUGCUGAAGGGCUUUUAACCUGCCAGUUGAUUUGAAGUACUUUCCCCUGCGCAGGGCUGUAUGCAUCCUGCCAAGCUGCGUUAUAUUCUGUACUGUGUACAAUAAAGAAGUUUGCUUUCAGUUUAAUAA